UCGUAGCCGGCAGUCAAGAGGAAGAAGAUGAUGAAGCGGCGCAGGAAAACUAGCCGUUGGCUUCCUCCAAGGGUAAAACAACAAUAAUAAUUUCCAUCUCCGGCAAUUUAUAAUCCCACUCCUUUCGUUCCCGAAUCCAAUUAAUCUUCCUCUCUCAUCUGCUCUCCCUUGAUCUUGUACUUCGUCUCGCGUUGAUCCAACGCAGAGCAGUGAGUUCCCUGCUUCAUGGAUAGCCUCCAACGGCAGCAGCCGCUGCCGCUGCUGGUGUUGGUCUUACUUUUAUUGGUUUCGUCUAGGUUUGCUACGGGACUCGAGUGGGACGGGGUAGCGAUCACCCAGAACGACCUCCAGGGGCUGCAGGCCAUCAAGGCCGAGCUCACCGACCGCCGAGGCGUGCUCCGGAUCUGGAACGGGACCGGCAUUGACGCCUGCUCCGGCGCAUGGACCGGUAUCAAGUGCGUCCGCGGCCAGGUGAUCGCCAUCCAGCUCCCCUGGCGCGGCCUCGCCGGUCGCCUCUCCAGUAAGGUCGGCCAGCUCGUUUCACUCCGCAAGCUCAACCUCCACGACAACACCAUUGGCGGGCCCAUCCCGCCGGCCCUCGGCCUCCUCCGAGAGCUUCGCGGAGUUUAUUUGUUCAACAACCGCUUCACCGGUGAGGUGCCUCGGUCCAUCGCCGGAUGCGUCCUUCUGCAGACGCUGGACCUCAGCGCCAAUUCGCUCUCCGGCAGCAUCCCUGCCUCCAUUGCCAACAAUACCCGGCUCCUUAGGCUUAAUUUGAGCUACAACAAUAUCUCUGGGUCAAUUCCUGCCGCCGUCACUCGCCUUCCGGCUCUUGUGUUCGUCUCCCUCCAACACAACAACCUCUCCGGUUCUGUCCCCGACACAUGGGGAAGCAGCAGCAGCAACAAUGUUUCAGGUUUCCAGCUCAAAAGCUUGCAUCUAGAGCACAAUUUCCUCUCCGGAAGCAUCCCAAUCUCUCUCUCUCGCCUUCCAAUGCUGGAAGACCUCUCUCUCAGCAACAAUGAGCUACAAGGCAGUAUUCCUGAGGAAUUCGGGACGUUCCCGAGGCUUAAAACGCUCGAUCUUUCCAAAAACUCCAUUAGCGGAAGCUUUCCUGAGUCACUGUGUAACCUUUCGUCCUUGGUCGAGCUCAAACUCGAAGGUAACUUUCUCGAAAGCCCGAUCCUUGAGUCCAUUGAUGGCUUAAAGAAUCUAUCUUUGCUCGAUCUUAAGAGGAACCAAUUCGUCGGUUCAAUCCCUCCCACGUUGGGGAACAUCUCCGGCCUUUCUCUGCUGGAUUUGUCGGAGAACAACCUCACCGGAGGAAUUCCAGUUUCCAUUGACAACCUCACCAACCUCACUUUCUUCAAUGUGUCCGACAACAAUUUAUCUGGCCCUGUUCCUGUUCUCCUCUCCGAGAAAUUCAAUUCGAGCUCUUUCAGUGGAAACCUCCAGCUCUGCGGUUACAGUGCGGCUCCAUGCCCUUCUGCUCCUCCUACCUAUCCUCAGUCUCUUUCCACCUCGCCGGAGCACACACGGAGAAGACUUGGUACCAAGGCACUAAUACUCAUCGCUGUGGCGGUCUUCCUUGCGCUCCUCAUCCUUCUUUUCUCCUUUCUAUUCUACUGCAUGAUUAGAAACAGAGCUGCAAAACAGAGCACCGCAAGAGAGGCGGCGGCCAGGAGAGGCGAGAAGUCAGGGCAGGAGACGGGGUCGGAAGUCGAGACCGGAGGUGACACCGGAGGGAAGCUGGUCCAUUUCGACGGCCCGCUAGCCUUCACCGCCGAUGACCUCCUGUGCGCCACAGCGGAGAUCAUGGGGAAGAGCACUUACGGGACGGUCUACAAGGCGACGCUGGAGGACGGCAGCCAAGUCGCGGUGAAGCGGUUGAGGGAGAAGAUCGGGCUAUCAGAAACUAGAUUUGACAUCCACUGAAUUUUUCCAUUCAGAAGGUGUCACUAUCCAUUAGUAGACGAUCAUGUGACCAAAUUUGAUAUCCACUAUGUUUGGUCACUUUGAGAGCAAGCAAACGUUAACGCCAAAGAUUUAUUUGGUAUUCACCUCAAGAAGAGGUGAUCAAUCUAAGGAUUCGACCCUCACUCACAUAUCGACAAUAAAAUACUCUUUCUCGAAAA